GGUGGGCGCCGUGCUGAGCAGCGGUACCCGCCGAGCCGGCCCGCCGCCGCCGCCGCCGCCUCGCUGGUGGACGGGGACAGCCGGCAGCCAUCGCGGGGCCCCGGCGAGGAAAGGGGAGACGCCUACGAGAAGAAGCAGGACGAGGACCGGGCGGCGCCGCUCUCCGCCGCCGCCAUGCUGAACAUCUUCCGCUCCAUCCCCACGCAGAUGGACUACAAGGGCCAAAAAUUAGCAGAACAGAUUUUUCAAGGAAUCAUUCUUGUCUCUGCAAUAAUUGGUUUCAUCUAUGGAUACAUCACUGAACAGUUUGGAUGGACUGUCUACAUAGUUAUGGCUGGAUUUGCUUUAUCGUGUUUGCUGACACUCCCUCCGUGGCCUAUGUACCGCCGCAAUCCUCUGAAGUGGCUACCUGUCCAAGAGUCAGGAACAGAAGAAAAGAAGCCAGCAGACAGAAAGCCAAAGAGACAUGCUAAAAGCUAAAAAAAUGUGGUUCUUCACACUGUUACUUUGUUAAAUUUUGUUAAAUUUUGUUAAAUGCAUUUCCACUGGGAGAUACUUCUUGGCUUAGUGUUUGGGUUCUUUCCGACUACUUUGUAUACUACAGUGAGCACACCAAGAUCUGCAGAGACCAUGAAGGCUCACUAAUUUUUUCCUGGAGUUUCAGUGAAGUUACUGGGAAGGCAGGGUGGGGGGAUUAACUUUAGAAGGCUACUGGAGGUCACAUCUUACUCAAGUAUGUUAGUAAAAAGGAACACAGUGAAUCAAAUCAAGUAUAGCUAAGCUGUUGCUGUAGCCCAAAAGGUAAUAUACAGCUGGACUUCUACUAAAAUAUUUCUAACCAUGUGUAAAACACAACCUGGCACUACUGACAGCUUAAGUACUGUAAAACAGUACAUACCUCACAGUUCUGAAAAACGCUAAGAACUAGAAACUGUUCUAGAAUAGGAGAUUGCAGAGUGGCAUUUUUUGUUUAAAAUAAAUUUGCCCGAGUAGAGAAAGUAACAUCUUGACUCUGCAUGGUACAAUAGCUCUUAAAACUUUGUAACUUGAGCAUCUAGUAUGUGCCAGGCAGCAGGAUCCAUAGGUAUUGCACUUUUUUACUACUGGCUGUCAUGUUAGUAUUCUUCAUAGGUACCAGAGGUUACAAUAUUAAAGCUAGAGGCAGAGAAAGAGACAGGUUGUGCAUUUAAAAUUUUAUUUUACAAAUUCAA